ACAAAUCUCAACAACGUAUCCAAACAUCAACCUUUCACUUUCUCACUCACUCCACCACACACACACACACACACAAACAACGCUUUACGUUGCUUACUCUUCCAUUCCGUUAUGCAAGAUCCCUCUCGCCCCGCCACCGGCUACCCAGCUCCGCCCUACCCCCACCCCAACGGCGCUCAACCUCCGCCGACCGCCACCGCAUAUCCAUAUGCCGCCGCUCCCCCUCCCUACCCCCAGCCCCAAUACUACAACCCCAAUUACCCCCCUCCACGAUCCUACGCCUCCCGCUCCUUCUUUCGCGCCUUCUUCGCCACCAUGAUUUGCCUGGCUGUCAUCUUCGGCGUCAUCCUCAUCGUCACUUGGCUCGUCCUCCGCCCCUCUCUCCCACACUUCACCCUCCACACCGUCUCCCUCACCAACCUCUCCACCACUUCCCAAUCUCUAUCCGCCACGUGGCACCUCGCCUUCCUCGUCCGCAACGGCAACAAGAAGAUGACCAUCACCUACAACGCCCUCCGCUCCUUCGUCUUCUACCGCGCUACCGACGUCGCCAACUCCCAACUCGCUCCCUUCAAACAGGACACCAAAUCUGAGACCACUCUCAAUGCCACCCUCGUCGCUGCCAGCUCCUACCUCGGACCGUCCCUCAUCAACAAUCUCAACGCCGAACGAGCCGACAAUUCCGUCCUCUUUGACGUCCAGAUUGUCGCUUCCACCUCCUUCCGUUCCGGUUCCUGGAGGUUCCGGACGCGCUUCCUCAAGGUUCUCUGCCAGAAAGUUCCCGUUAGUGUUUCCUCGAAUUCCAGUGCCGGCGAAUUGGUCGGUGGAGACCGGGAAUGUCAGGUUUGGACGUGAAUUAUUUGGUCAGGGCGAUGUUUUGUAAAAACCCUAGGUUCGAUUGGAGAUUCGUUUUCUGAUUGUCUGGGCAAUUGAUACUUUCAACGGUCUAUGUUUAUGCUAUAUGGUUUAGGUUUUGAAUGGAAUUUUUUGUUGGUAGUGUAUGACUGUAGAUAGUUAUCAUCACAUCACAUCACAUCUUAUGUUAUUUGCCUGGCCUUCUAGAACACCUGACUUCAAAUCAGUGGAGAUUUGAAAUUUUUUGAUGCUGGAAGUUUGCAUGUGUAUGAUUAUUGGAGGCAUCAAAGAGGGCAGAUAUUAAUCUUAUUUUGGAUAUCACU